GUCUGGCUCAGUCCUCUCAACCCUCACAUGCCCGCACCUUUUCUGAUUGUCCCUCCACAGACUCUUUGGUCUUGCUGCUGCUUUUCCCUCCAUCCAGGGACUGCAUUGGGUCGGCCACCAGGCAGGAGCAGGCAGUGUGUAACAGGCUCCAGUAGGUGACGGACUUGAGGGAUCACUAUACAUACAAAUUACUUUAUUAAUAACUUUUUAAAAACUUGAUCUCACCAUAUCUUUAACUGUUGCUUUUAUAUUAAAUUGGUGUUUUAAAAACAAACCAAAAAAUUUUAAACAAAAAACAAACCAACAAUUUCCAAAUACCAGUGUUUCUCUCUGCUAAGUCACACUGGAACAUGCUAAGUAUCCUCAUGUACACAAGCAUAACUGUGAAUCGCUUGCAAUGCUACAUGUCCUCAAUAAUGUUGAACUUGUAAUGAAAACUUGGCACCAAACUUAUUCAGGUAGAAACUUUUAAAAAAUGGUUUCUUCCUAUCGUUAACUGCAGAGUGCAUUUAUGAAAGUCUUCAUGAUUAUGUGUUUGGAUACCAAAGGGUUAAAAAUACACCUGUAUUUCUUUACUGCAAUAACAGAUGUUUGCUAAUGUUUUGUCUGUACAAAUGGACAUUUAGUAAAUGUUUUUAUUUUUACCUUUUUGUAAUGAUUGCGUUUAUUUGCUUAUUUCCAUCUAGGAGUAGUUACUAAUGUAUUUGCGAUACAGCAUACCAAAUUUUAAAGUAACCAGAAUCGUGAGUUGAUGGCUUUUAGUCCAUACUGUUAAACUUUUGUUGAAAUAUUGACAUAAAUUGGCUUCAUGCUAAAGUUACUAGACGUUACUCUUUAUAGAUGGCACUAAAGCAGUUGCGUGGUCACAUGCCAGUGGCCUAGCUCUGUGACUGCUCCUGCACCUCAUGUGUGUGUAUGUAUUUUUAAUCCAGUGUUGCCUGCAAAUGUGAUCCCUUAUGAUUGACGUUUCCUGUGUAUGAACCAUGCCCGUUUUAAGUCACGCAGAAGAUUCUGAAUCUGUAAAAACUACACAUGUCAAUGUUUUACAGCUACGUAAUUCGAAUUGACUUGGUUUUUUCAAGUAAUCCUAGAAAGGGGGAGCAUUCACAUAGAAACUGCUGAAACUGCCACAGGUGCUUCUCCGAAACCUUACAGUUGUGGCAUUGAAUGCUCAGUAUGGCUUCCCUUCUGCACACAAGCAUACUGUUGAGCCUGAGAAAUGCCAGUGGCCUGACGGCAGCAGACAUUGCACAAACCCAGGGUUUCCAAGAGUGCACCCAGCUUCUCUUGAGCCUCCAGAGCCAUCAAAUGAGCCGUUACUGCCCUAAUGGCACCUUGAGUGGAGGGCAUGAGAGCAUACUUCCCAGUCACAUUAGCCUGGGAACAAACCGAAAGAGAUGCUUGGAAGACUCAGAACCUUUGGCCGUGAAGAAAGCUAGAACUGGAGUUCCAAGCCUGGAUCAUACCAUGACUCCAGUGAAUGGUGAGGCUGAAGACGACGCUGACAGAAUGCAUGUUGACAGAGAGUUUGCUGCUGUAUCAGAUAUGAAAAACAGUAGCUCCGUGUUGAAUACACUGACAAAUGGAAGUGUCGUCAAUGGACAUUUGGAUUUCCCCUGCGCGGCCCAGCUCACUGGGAUGGAGAGCAGGAGUAACCCGUGCUUAGCAGGACCUGACGGACUUAGCAAUGGACAGCCAUUUCCCAGUGGCCAGGGUUCUGUCUGUGCUAAUGGGUCUGAGGAGCCAGAAAAGACCAUGGGCACUAACCCCGAGAUGUGUGGGUCUCUGCAUCUGAAUGGGAGCCCAAGUAGCUGUGUGGCCAGCAGGCCGUCCUGGGUGGGGGACGUGGGGGAAAGCUUGCACUAUGGACACUACCAUGGGUUUGGGGACACUGCUGAGAGCAUCCCCGAGCUGAGCAGUGUGCUUGAGCACUCAAGCUGUGUGCGGGUGGAGCAGCGCUACGACAGUGCCGUCCUGGGCACCAUGCAAUUGCACCACGGCUCCUGAGCCCAGGCUACCCCAGCAUUACUGCAGGACCAGCUUGAGGAAGCUGCAUGGCCUGUGCUGUUGGGGCCUUGGCUUUCUGAGAAAGUACUUGGAUUCAUUCAACUGUUCCCCAUGAGUGCUGCUGUGUGCAGUCUUCCUAGUGCGUGGUGUUCACAUGGCGUGCACUUUGGAGGUCUCUCUUAUUUGACACCAGCCUCCUUUUCUUUUCUUUU